CCGUCAGUGCAGUUGCAUGGCAGUGCCCCUGCUGGACAGUCGGGCUUCCUGCUCCUCUGCAGCCUUCAGCAAUGUUCCUGUCAGUCCUGCUGUCAGCCACUCAGCCUCCUGGAGCUCCUCGGCAGCCCACACCUUCCUCUCUGGAGACACACAGAGCGAGGAGCACUCCGGCAUGCACACGAGCAUCAGUGAGAUCCUGAAGGAGAAGAGCCUGAAGCCGUCCCGCCGCAGUCUGCCCUGCUUAGCCCAGAGUCAGACCCAUCCUAUCAACCUCAACCACUUCCUGUCUGUACCACUGAGUCCGGAGCCCAAAGCCCAGGAUGAGGUUCUGAGCCAGAGCAUCAGCACAUCCUGCAGCCUCCUCCCUCCAGAGGUUGGCAAGGAUCACUACACGGAAGAGUCCGAGGUCUCCACAUGUGAAACCAGAGUAGACAGGUCACUUCUGCCCAGAAAACCCAGCAAACGGGCUCAUGGAGGGGCCCGCACAUGUUCCCUCAAGGGGAGAAAUCCCUCAGAUGAAAUUGGUCUCUUCUUCAGAGAUGGGAAAAAGCGCAUCGACUACAUCCUGGUUUACAAAAAGUCCAGUCCACAGGUGGAAAAGAGGUGCACCUUUGAGAAGAAUUUACGUGCUGAGGGCUUAAUGCUGGAAAAAGAGCCUUCCCUGACAAACAACGACAUCAUGUUUGUGAAGAUCCAUGCUCCCUGGGACACACUUUGCAAAUACGCCGAGCAGAUGAACAUCCGGAUGCCUUUCAGGAAAAAAUGCUACUUUACAGACUGGAAAAGCAAAACCUUGGGCAGCCGCUUUCAUCUGAGAUGUCGUCAGAUAAAGAGCUGGCUUCCCAGAAAUCCCAUGAAGCUGGACAAAGAGGCUCUGCCUGACCUGGAAGAGACCGACUGCUACACUGCUCCCUUCAGUAGAGCACGUACGCAUCACUUCACCAUCAACAACAGAGAGACCUUCUUCUCCAACUCUACCCGAAGCAGAAUAGUCCACCAUGUCCUGCAGCGCACAAAGUAUGAGGAUGGAAAGCCAAAAAUGGGAAUCAACCGGUUAUUGGGCAACAACACCUAUGAGGCUGCCUUCCCUCCACAUGAGGGUGGAUACAAGAGCAGACAUCCCAUCAAGACGCAUGGUGCCCAGAACCACAGACACCUCCUUUAUGAGCGCUGGGCUCGCUGGGGGAUCUGGUACAAGUACCAGCCUUUAGACCUCAUCAGACGCUACUUUGGAGAGAAAAUCGGCCUUUACUUUGCAUGGUUGGGCUGGUACACGGGCAUGUUGAUCCCUGCUGCUCUGGUCGGCCUGUUUGUCUUCCUCUACGGACUCUUCACCAUGGACUCCAGCCAAGUCAGUAAAGAGAUUUGUGAAGCCAACACGACUAUCAUGUGUCCGAUGUGCGAGGAAACCUGCGAGCCGUGGACGCUAAGUGACAGUUGUGUCUAUGCAAAGGUGACCCAUUUGUUCGACAAUGGUGGCACUGUUUUCUUCGCUAUCUUCAUGGCAAUCUGGGCCACCGUCUUCCUGGAGUUUUGGAAAAGGAGGAGAGCGGAGCUGACUUACGACUGGGAUCUCAUUGACUGGGAGGAGGAAGAGGAGGAGCUGAGGCCUCAGUUUGAAGCCAAAUAUUCCAGAGUGGAGAGAGUAAACCCCAUAUCUGGCAAACCCGAGCCUUUCCAGCCCCUCUCAGACAAACUCAGCCGGCUCAUGGUGUCUGUGUCCGGAAUAUUCUUCAUGAUUUCUCUGGUCCUUACCGCCGUGUUUGCAGUGGUGGUUUUCCGUCUCAUCGCCAUGGAGAAAUUUGCCUCCUUCAACUGGCAUUUUGUGAAGAAGAACUGGCAGUUUGCCACCUCUGGCACUGGCGUCUGCAUCAACUUCAUGAUCAUCAUGUCUCUCAACGUGGUGUAUGAAAAGGUGGCCUAUCUGCUGACCAAUUUAGAGCAUCCACGGACUGAGUCUGAGUGGGAGAACAGCUUUGCUCUCAAGAUGUUUCUCUUCCAGUUUGUAAAUCUGAACAGUUCCACGUUUUACAUCGCGUUCUUCCUGGGAAGGUUUGCUGGCAGGCCUGGAAAAUACAACAAACUCUUUAAUCGAUGGCGACUGGAAGAGUGUCAUCCAAGUGGCUGCUUGAUUGACCUGUGCCUGCAAAUGGGCGUCAUCAUGUUUUUCAAGCAAAUCUGGAACAACUUUAUGGAACUUGGUUAUCCUUUGCUGCAGAACUGGUGGUCCCGUAGGAAGAUCAAGAAAGGAGGGGGCGCUGGUGGUGGAGGCCAGAACGUGGAAAGCAAGAAUCAGCUCCCACAGUGGGAUAAAGACUGGAAUCUGCAGCCCAUGAACACGCACGGCCUGGUGGACGAGUACCUUGAAAUGGUCCUGCAGUUUGGGUUCACCACCAUCUUUGUCGCAGCGUUCCCGUUGGCGCCUCUCCUCGCCUUGCUCAACAACAUAAUCGAGAUUCGCCUUGACGCCUACAAGUUUGUCACCCAGUGGAGGAGACCCAUGCCAGCCCGAGCCACUGAUAUAGGUAUCUGGCAUGGGAUCCUUGAAGGUAUCGGUGUUCUGGCCGUCAUAACCAACGCCUUUGUUAUUGCUAUCACCUCGGACUACAUUCCCCGCUUUGUUUAUGCCUUCAAAUAUGGCCCCUGCGUGGACAAGGGGUACCACCAUGACGACGAAUGUUUCCGAGGCUACAUGAACAGCAGCCUGUCAGUGUUUGACAUGAGCGAGCUGAAGAACAGCAGUCAGUCCAAAUACUGCAGGUACCGAGAUUACAGAGCCCCGCCCUGGAGCACGGUGCCCUACGAGUUCACUCUGCAGUUCUGGCACGUCCUGGCUGCCAGGCUGGCCUUCAUAAUCGUCUUUGAGCACCUGGUGUUUGGCAUCAAAUCCUUCAUUGCGUACCUCAUCCCGGACAUGCCCAAGGACCUGUGUGACCGCAUGCGCAGGGAGAAGUACCUGAUGCAGGAGAUGAUGUACGAGGCCGAGCUGGAGCACCUGCAGAAGGAGCGGAAGAAGAACGGGCGGCGUUUUCACCACGAGUGGCCUUAACUUUCUACCCCCUCCCCGUCCCCUCUUGUCUGCUUCUCUCCUUGGAUUUGAGCAGAUUCACCAAAGACACUCUCUUCGGUAAUGACACUCCAAAGCUGCUUCAGCAUGAGCCGUCACCCCGACCCCUCCCUCGCCAUCUGUUCCCGUGCUGGACGCCACCCUCGCGUCCUGACACAGCUCCCCCCUCCCCCCCCCCCCCAACAACCUCCCCCACCCCCCACCCCCCACCCCCCCCUUGCUGUGUGCUGUGUCAUGGCCUCACUGCUGUACUACAGUUGUAAUGUUUACUAUGCAGAUGAAGCGGUUCACUUCGUCAGCCAUCUUGCACUCUCUCUCUCUCUCUCUCUUUCUGUGUGGCAGCUAGCUCUCGUCUGCUCGGAAUCCUGCAGUCAGCUGCAUGUUUUUUUUUGGUCGUUUUUUUCUCGUCAUCAGAACCCCGGCGGUUCCCGAUUAGAGGAGAGGUGACGCUACACCCCCGCCCCCAUGAUGCAUGCUGAUGCUAUUGGUGUAAAACAGUAGCGGUCAUCAUGGAGACUUGUCCGAGGAAGCCUACAGAACGUGCAUGUCAGUGUCGUUGUGUUCCUUCUUGGUGCCUGGUUUGUGUGUCAGUGUGUGUUUGUUGUGCUACAGCUGAGCUUGAGUUUGCAGAGUGUGAACAUGACCGUGCCUACUGUACAGUUCUGCGCCGACAUCACGUGUGCCUGUUUGUGCUGCACGUGCGCUUUCAAGUGCAAAAAAGCCUCUCUUAUCGACUUGUUCUGGUGUAGAACUUUCUCCUGAGUGAGUUUGCUUUUGACGUGAGUCACCCGCAGUCGGGUACCUACUCCGGUCUAAUGGCUCCGAAACAACAGUGUUCGCCGAAACGUGACUCCCAUUAUGAGUGACGCUUGCACGCAGGAGCCACAAAUCUGCUUCCUUUUCUCUUCUCUUUCUCUCUCCGUGCCCAUAGCCUGUUUUCCAUUUGUUGUUGGAAGGUCUGAAGCAUGAUUUGGACAUACCUGCGGCUUGGAUGUUCGCUGCACAAAGAACAUCCAACCGCUGUUGCUCACUCACACGCAAAGAAGCACUUACAGGUUCCAAGGGGCGGAUGAGAAUAUUGGUCAGCUGCGGUUGAAGCCACAUUCUGACGGUAAUUGCUGUGAAGUGUGGCUGCUUCAACUGAAAGAUGCGGUGUGGUUCUUGCCCGACAGCGACAAUUUCCGUACAGCAGCGUGAAUGAACACAUUCCUGCGGCAAAAGUACCAAUCAUAUCUUCAAAACUCAAACAUACGUGAGAUUUGUAUUUAUAUAAACAGCUGUGGGUUUUUGAAAAAUACACAAUGAAAUAAUAUUCAAACAAUCAAUCAUGGUAAUUCAAUAAAAAAAAUAAUAGGGGUGUCCAUAACUUUUUAACAUCUGAUAAUGCAGUGUUUUUCAACCUUUUCUGAGCCAUGGCACAUUUUUUUCAUUUAAGAAAUCCCAAGGCACACCACCAGCAGAAAACAUAAAAAAUGAAAUAAAGCAGCCGAUAUUGCUAAAAAGUGCCAUCCAUCAAGCAUUCAUCACUAUAGCUCUUGUCUAAAAGUAGGUGUACUGUCACCGCCUGUCACUUCACGCCGUGACUUAUUUUGAGUUUUUUUGGCGUUUUCCUGUGUGUAGUGUUUUAGUUCUAGUUCUUGUCUUGUGCUCCUAUUUUCGUGUUGAUUAUCAUGUCAUGUAUGAAUGUACUUUGUGGACACCGUCUGCUCCACACGCUGUAAGUCUUUGCUGUCGUCCAGCAUUCUGUUUGUGUUUACUUUGCUGCGAGUUCAGUUUUAGCUUCAUUUUUGCAAAGCCAUCCCUAAGCUUCAAUGCCUUUUCUUAGUGGCACUCGCCAUUUGUUUAUUUUUGGUUUAAGCGUUAGAUACCUUUUUGUCAUCGUUCCCGACAUCUACAAAGCAAUUAGCUACCUGCUGCCACCUACUGAUAUAGAAGAGUAUUACAUUGUUACUCUGCCGAGCUCUAGACAGGUUUAUAAUUACUGGUUUGCAAAAAUUAUUUUUAACCCAGUUAGGUGAAAUUACACAAUCUCUCAUGUCACACUAGUGUGCCGCGGCACAGUGGUUGAAAAACAUUGCGAUAAGAUAUUGAUCCGAUACGUCACAGGGGUCGGGAACCUUUUUGGUUAAAAGAGCCACGAAAGCCAAAUAUUUUUAAAAUGUAUUUCCGUGAGAGCCAUAUCAUAUUUUUUAACACUGAAUACAACUAAAUUCAUGAAUUUUUAAGUAAGAUCAACAUUUUUAGAGUACAAUAAGUCUCUUAUUCUUUUUAAUAACAUUGUUAUUCUGACGCUAACCGAUAAUAGAUCAAAUACGUUUACCAUUAAUGUGACUUCUUGAACAGGUGCGGUAGGAAACAGUUGGAUGGAUUAAAAUUAGGGCUGGGCAACGAUUGAAAUUUUUAAUCGAAGUUAAUCGCACUAUUUCUCUGAUUAAUCGCGAUUAACUGCAUUGUAUACGCAAAGCCCAAUAAUGAAUUCAAAAGUAGUGUGUAGUGCACCUUUAUUGGAAUAUUCCCCCACAUGAACAAAAGCGCCAAAACAUUUGUUGUGCAAACACAAUUUAAAUCAGUCCUUGUUAAACAGUAGCAGUUAAAUAGCAUAUUUUAUGAAAAUCAAAUACAAACAUUUAAGCUUAUUACUACCACUGCCAGGGUAUUUAAGUUAUCCUGUUUGUUAUGUAAAAUAAAUAUAAUCUACAUACAAAUCUCUGAGCCACAAUCAUAACAUCUGAACAGGCAAUUUCUGCGGUAACAGCAGAAACAUUUUUUUUAUCAGGGAUCUUAUGUUUAAAAAACCUAUAUUAUAGGUAGUGGGCUGUUUUAGGGAAUUUUUGAUCAAAUUAUCCGUAGUAGCAAUAUUAAUAAUGUUGUGUUUAUUCUGCGUAGUGCACUUAAAAUAAUUAUGACCAUAUCUAGGAAUUGAUAUGAUGGGAAUUUUCCGAUUGUUUGCUUGGUGCUUUGAUAAACUGAACGCAUGUACAUGGUACUAUAUUAUGAUGUUAUGAGCCAGGGAAAAAAAGAACUACCCUACCCAGCAUGCAACAGGAGUGACGAGCAUGCGCGGUAGUGUAGGUUGUGUCGCCAUGACGGCAUCUUGUAUGUUGUGAUAUGCACGCUCUGAAAGUAAACGUUAAGAACUCAACCAACACUCCUCGUCUGCAUUAUUCAUAAAUAGACAGACAAUACAUAUACUCCGCUGCUUCACAGCCCGCUGGAUGUAGCCGGCAAAGUAUUCCCAUGCUAGCUAGCCGGUCUAGCAAGCACGCGACAUUCAGUCCAAAACGGCCCGAUCUAUCCACAUCCGGAAUUGUCUGGCAGUCGUAAGCGAUCCCGGAGUGACCACGCUGUAAGCCAGCCAUGUAAUUUGCAGAAUUGUCCGGUAUUUUUGCCAAAUGUUCCAUCUUUACCAAGAGCCCCUCGACGCCGGGCGACGCCAUCUUGUUAAGAAAAGGCGUUAACAAAAUAAAAGCAUGUAAACAACAUACGCAAAUGUGUGAUAAAAUAAUUGUCGGCGUUAAUAGAUUGAUGAGUUAACUCAUAAUUAACGCAUUCAUUUGCCCACUCCUAAUUAAAAUGCAUUAGAAUGUUUUAUAUUUGGAACAUUGUUUUUGACACUGUGAUUACCAGUGGAAUUAUCCAUUACUUAUUCUGUUAAGCAAUGUCAGCGAAGAUUUAUCUGAGAGCAAGAUGCGGUCAUCAAAAGAGCCACAUCUGGCUCGAGAGGCAUAGGUUCCCUACCCCUGCGAUACGAUAUCAGCAUGAUUCAUACAUUGGUUAUUUUGUGGUGUGGAAUUUUAGAAAAUUAUUGAACAGGUGAAAUUAUUUGGAAAACAAUAAUAGGUAUGAAAAAGUAGGGUUGCAAAGAUUGAAAAAGUUCAUAUUAUAGUGACCAAAAUUAUCGUUGUUAUCGUGGUAUUAUUGAAUCUGCUCAAAAAGUACUCAGACACACUUUGAAAUAUUUUCACCAGGUUAUUUUUUUAUUACUAGAAUAAAAAGGGUAAAGGUUAGAACCCUGACUGUUAAAAAAAAAAAACAAUUUUGCAUGAUUUGUGUUUCUAAUGCUUCAUUCACUGAUAGUGCUUUAGUCUAAGUAGUGUAUCUGUUUUAAUGACUCAGUUUUUAUUGUUUUAAAUAUUAGUUUGUACUAUAGCUAUGUUGUCCGGGGACAUAAAGCCCCCUCUUAGGGUCUCCCAAGGCAAACAGGUUCUAGGUGAGGGAUCAGACAAAGAGCAGCUCGAAGACCUUUAUGAAGAAGAAAAAUCAUGGACCCAGAUUUCCCUCGCCCGGACGCAGGUCACCGGGGCCCCCCUCUGGAGCCAGGCCCGGAGGUGGGGCACGAUGGCGAGCGCCUGGUGGCCGGGCCUGUUCCCAUGGGGCCCGGCCGGGCACAGCCCGAAGAGGCAACGUGGGUCACCCCUCCAAUGGGCUCACCACCCAUAGCAGGGGCCAUCGAGGUCGGGUGCAUUGUGAGCUGGGCGACAGCCGAAGGCAGGGCACUUGGCGGUCCGAUCCUCGGCUACAGAAGCUAGCUCUUGGGACGUGGAACGUCACGUCACUGGGGGGGAAAGAGCCUGAGCUAGUGCGCGAAGUCGAGAAAUUCCGGCUGGAUAUAGUCGGACUCACUUCGACGCACAGCAAGGGCUCUGGAACCACUUCUCUCGAGAGGGAUUGGACCCUCUUCCACUCUGGCGUUGCCGGCAGUGAGAGGCGACGGGCUGGGGUGGCAAUUCUUUUUUCCCCCCUGCUCAAAGCCUGUACGUUGGAGUUCAACCCGGUGGACGAAAGGGUAGCCUCCCUCCGCCUUCGGGUGGGGGGACGGGUCCUGACUGUUGUUUGUGCUUAUGCACCAAACAGCAGUUCAGAGUACCCACCCUUUUUGGGAGCACUCGAGGGAGUACUGGAAAGUGCUCCCCUGGGUGAUUCCCUUGUCCUACUGGGGGACUUCAACGCUCACGUUGGCAACGACAGUGAAACCUGGAGAGGCGUGAUUGGGAAGAAUGGCCGCCCGGAUCUGAACCCGAGUGGUGUUUUGUUAUUGGACUUUUGUGCUCGUCACUGUUUGUCCAUAACAAACACCAUGUUCAAACAUAAGGGUGUCCAUAUGUGCACUUGGCACCAGGACACCCUAGGCCGCAGUUCCAUGAUCGACUUUGUAGUUGUGUCAUCGGAUUUGCGGCCUCAUGUUUUGGACACUCGGGUGAAGAGAGGGGCGGAGCUUUCUACCGAUCACCACCUGGUGGUGAGUUGGC